GAAAAUUGUUUUGUUUCAUUUCAAUUUCAAAUUUUUCAAUUAAAUUCAAUAUUUUCAGCUUCUAUUCUUUAGAUGGCGAAUAGAAGAAUUUCCACACCACCCUCAAAAUGGAUAAAGGAUGGCUUUUAUCAAAAUAAAGACGCUUUCAACAUCAUCGCCAUGAUUACACUCUUUUUCUCCCCCGCCAAAAAUUUUGUCUUGAAAGAAAGCAUCGGACGCCUAAUAUAUCCAUCAUUCAACCUUUUUUUCCUUGCUGUAUCCAGGUGUAUUUUAGCAUUCAUAAUUUCCCAAGUUAUUAUUAGUCGAUUUCCACCAACUCGCUCUCAACUUUCCAUAAAACAAAGUACAACUCUUUUCGCACAGAGUGUUGCAACCAUUUGCGUGCUGUCUGUGCCUUUAUAUCUUCUUAAGUGUAUUCUGGUACUAUCUGUGUUUGGAUGUCCAUUUUAUAUUGUUCUAAACCUAUUUUUUAACAUAUAUAACGCUUAUGCAUGCAGGGAUGCCGAGUCAAAUGAUUUACUAGAUCCCAAUUACUUGUUUCCUGAACCGUCGCCGAGGAGUAAACGUGUCCCUUCCCUUGGACUCUUAGAUCCUGGCCGCCGCAAAACACGAUCUUCAACAAAGCUUGCAACCCCAAAUCGAAGAUAAGCUGGCAAUUAGACAAUAUCCUUGUUAAAUAGGAAUGGAUAAAAAUGUUUUGUUU